AUGGCACAAGAAGAAGUAGUCGAUGUGAGGGUGGACCCGCUGGGAGAUGAUGAUGCGGAGGUAGAACCAGAUCAGUGGCACACUAAGGCGGACAAAUCCACACUCACGGCGGCGGAUUUGGAGGUUAUCAGGGAACGGUACAGAUUCCGGCGGAGUAGAGUUACUGCUGCCAACAUCAAGGGAAGGUCGUCUACUGCGAGGCCAGGGAAGUUUUCCCUGUACGGAGGAGCACUUAAAGGGCCAGAAAGGGGGGGGGAGGCUCUGAAAAAGAAGAAGAAGAAGAAGAGGAGUACCCCAGAGGAAGCCGCAGAUGAGUCUGGGCCCAAGAGGGCUAAGGUGGCCCCAACUGAGGUGGAGGUCCCUGUGGCAAAGGACGCCCCAGAGGUGGUGGAGAUCAUCCCAACGGUGGAGGUUGUGGAGAUUGCUCCAUCAGUGCAAGUGGAGGCUGGGGUAACUGAGGCGGUGCCGAGCGGAAGGGAACAGGUCCAGAAGAGGCCUGACCCCCAGGAAGGGGGGGUUCGUCUGGCUACGGCGAUCUACCAUGCGCGCGCGGUAGCUGGAAGGUUGGAGGGAGAAGAAGGCCCAGCCAGGGCGGGGGCAGACCGCCUGGUGAAGAUUAUGGAGGAGACAGCUCUGCGCGUGGCAUCAGGAUAUAAUGAGGCCGACCUGCUGAGGGGGUUAUGCUCCGCCCAAAUGGAGGUAACUACCUUGGCAGGGGCCCUCCUUAGGAAGGCGGGGGCUGCCAAGUUGAAGGCUGAGGAGGCCAGGGCCCAGUUGGCCAAAUUGAAGAAGGACAGUGCCGACUGGAAGAUUGCCCAUACCGAUCUGCCAGCAGUCAAGUUGGAACUGGAGGACACACACCGUAAGGUCGUGUCGCUCGAGUUCCAACUGGCUGGUGAACAGAAAAAGUUGGAAGAGUCUGAAAGGGCCUGCGCCGUGGCAGUCGAGCGGCAUGAAAAGGCCAUGACCAGCAAUGAAGAGCUGGUCAGGCAAAAAGAUGAAGCAGAUUCCAGAAUUGGAGAUCUGUCAAAGGAGUUGGGGGAGGAGUGCGCCAGAGCAGAGGAGGAGAAGGGGAGGCUUCUGAGGGAGUGGGAGAUAGAGAAGGCGAAGGCGGUGGCGGAGCUGGAGAGUCUGAAGAAGGGGGUGGAAGAGGAGAGGGCGACGGCGGCUGCUGAAAGGGGGGCCCUGCAAAGAGAGCUGGACGAGGAGAGGGCGAAGGCGGCGUCUGAAAAAGCGACUUACCCUGAUCUGUGCGUCGCAGUAGUGGAGCAAUAUAAAGGGUCCUCCGAAUUUCAAAUGGUGGUAGACGCCGCUGUCGCCAGGAGUCUGGCUGGGCAAGAGUCUGGGGGGGUGGGCCCAUCAAGGAAGAUUGCUGGAGGUUACUGUAUUAGCAGAGCUGAUCUUGUCUUCAAGAAUCACAAAUGUGUUGAUGAUGAUGUAUUUACCUUUCCUGGGUUUUGCAAUCUUAGCUAUUCUGCGCGGCUUGUUACUAUGCUCUCGCCAAACUAA